UGAAAACGAUUUGUACUAUUGACUCAAGUGUUCUUGCUUACAGCCUUUCGUCAUAUGCCGGUUGCAUUUUCAGAUCGCCUACUUGUGUCCUUCUCAGCACCAGGGCUGUGGACAGCGCCGCUUUUCUUCCAUUGAGCUCCAGUGAGAGUUCCAUUCAAACGUCAAAGUGUGAUGUAGAACUAAAGUCAGAGAUGGUUCUCAGCGCAUAAUUCACAACUACACGAGUGUGUCAACAUUUUCCCGCUUGUCUAGAACAAUCUAAAUCUCUUUUGAGCAACGACUGACAGGCCUAUGUACCUUCAAUGUGUUAUGUCGGUGACAUGAUUCAAGUGAAGACGUGUUGCUAUUUGACUCCGUGUUAACAUUCAAUCGGCCCACUUCACUCACAUUCAUCUUGUCAUUCUCCUCUGAUAUAGUGUGUCGUCAUUUCAUUUAGAUUCUGCAUUAGCUUCUUGUUUAAUAUUUCAUGCAUUUUUCUUGCCAUGGGAUAUGCUUUGUGAUGUUACUUUAACUUAAUAGAACGCUGAAGUAUUUCAGAAUAUAUAUGGCAUUAGAUUUAUAUUGCUGAGUGAUGAGAAUUAAGGUCGUGUAAUGUUUGAUAUGUUCUGUCAGUGGGCUAGUUUAAACUUGAAAGUACUGUUGUUGACCGAAAAUACCUCUAUACAUUUUCUUUAAUUAAUAUUGUGUAGUUCAUUUCAUUGAACUCAAUGGGCCGCUGUCGGUCAGUGUGUUGCAGUUCUGGAGCAGAUUUGCAGCAGUACCUCCCCCGUCAUCUCGAUAUAUUAGAGAGAGAAAGAGCCCCACGCAGAGCGCACAGUCCGAGUUAGAGAGAACACCAAGCACGGAGACACCAGCCUGAGAUUCUUUUGUUCCAGAAUUGUGACAUUUUUAGUCAAUUACCUUUGACGUUUUCGACUGGCAACUAAUGGAAUAUUGCAGUCUGUUUUACGGAUUAUAAACUGCUUGUUGUUUCAUGGUGAAGGGAAAAUGUCGGACAGAACAAUGAUACGGCAAGUACUGUUGUUUAUCUCGGUCCUCUCUCUCAGUUCAGUGAACGGGCAGGUCAGUUACUCCAUUCCAGAGGAAAUGGCGAAAGGCUCUUUAGUCGGUAACAUAGCGCAGGAUUUGGGUUUAGAUAUCAAAAGACUGAAAUCAGGUAAAGCUCGUAUUUAUACAGGAGACAGCGCAGAAUACAUCGAGCUGAAUAAAGAAAGGGGAGUUCUCCUUAUCAGAGAGAAAAUAGACCGUGAAGCUCUCUGCGGACAGACGACGCCUUGCGCCCUUGACUUUCAAAUGAUUUUAGAGAAUCCAAUGGAAUUAUAUACAAUAACGAUUGAGAUCACAGAUAUAAACGAUAACUCUCCCAGUUUUGGAAAAAAUGAAAUGAAAUUUGAGAUUAGUGAAAUUGCAGGUACCGGAGCCAGAUUUAUGCUGGAGAGGGCAGUGGAUUCGGAUGUUGGUGUUAACGGUCUUCAAACCUACGCCCUUAAACCCACGGAUCACUUUAAAUUACAACUGAAAAACCAGCCAGAUGGUAGUAAAAAGGUAGAGAUGGUUUUACAGAAGCCAAUAGAUCGAGAGGAACAAGGGAAUAUUGAAUUGGUGCUAACAGCAAUGGACGGAGGCGAGCCACAGAUGACUGGGACGCUGCAAAUCCGUGUCACAGUGCAAGACGUGAAUGACAAUGCUCCGGUUUUUACCCAGGAGAUUUACAAAGCCACUGUUGUUGAGAAUACUCCUAAAGGAGCCGUGUUAACUACGGUCAGCGCAUCUGAUGCGGACAAGUGGUCUAAUAGUCUUGUUACCUACUCUACGUCAAGUGGCACCGCUGGUGUAUCGGAUUUGUUUGAGUUAGACCGUGACAGCGGCGAAUUGAAAUUGAUUGGUCAUAUAGAUUAUGAAAAACAAAAACAUUAUCAAAUAUUUAUUGAGGCAAAAGAUCAGGGAGGUCUGUCAGACUCGAGUCAAAUAAUCAUAGAUGUUAGUGACAUGAAUGAUAAUAGUCCUGUUAUCAAUUUGAUUUCCAAAUCAAGUUCAAUACCAGAGGAUUCCCGUCCGAACACAGUAAUAGCUAUGAUGAGCGUGAACGACCCUGAUUCAGAAAGUAAUGGUAAAGUUCACUGUGACAUAAAUGAGAACGUCCCAUUCACUAUUAAAUCGACAUCUAACGCCUUUUACAGUCUAGUAACUGAUAGUGACUUGGACCGAGAGAGAGACUCUGAGUAUAACAUCAGUGUGACGUGCUCUGAUGAGGGCGUGCCCUCGCUCUCCAGCAGCGUCACUCUCACCUUACAGAUAUCAGAUGUGAAUGACAACGCGCCUGUCUUUGAGAGGAGCUCAUAUGAGGCCUACAUUAUAGAAAACAACACACCGGGCCUCUCUAUAUUCACAGUGAAAGCCAGAGACGCUGACUGGAACCAAAAUGCCCGUGUUUCUUACAUACUGGAGGACUCCUCGGUUAACGGAGUGCCCGUAUCCUCAUAUGUGUCCGUUAGUGCUGAUAGUGGAGUCAUUCAUGCAGUGCGCUCUUUUGACUACGAGCAGAUCAAGGAUUUCCAGUUCCGCGUAAAAGCGCAGGAUGGAGGCUCCCCUCCACUCAGUAGCAAUGUGACUGUGAAAAUAAUGAUCCAGGACCAGAACGACAACGCGCCUCAGGUUCUGUACCCAGUCCAGACUAGCAGCUCUCUGGUGGCUGAAAUGGUGCCGCGUUCAGCAGAUGUGGGCUAUCUUGUUACUAAAGUGGUGGCUGUUGAUGUGGACUCUGGACAGAAUGCCUGGCUCUCGUAUAAACUUCAGAAAGCGACCGACAGGGCCCUCUUUGAAGUGGGAUUGCAGAAUGGAGAAAUAAGAACUAUACGCCAAGUCAAUGAUAAAGAUGCUGUGAAACAAAGGCUCACUGUCGUAGUGGAGGACAACGGGCAGCCCUCUCGUUCAGCUACAGUCAAUGUUAACGUGGCGGUGGCGGACAGCUUCCCUGAAGUGCUCUCGGAGUUCACUGACUUUACGCACGACAAGGAGUACAAUGACAACCUGACUUUUUACUUAGUCUUGGCUUUGGCUGUAGUCUCUUUUUUCUUUAUUGUGUCCAUCAUAGCCAUCCUGUCAGUGAAAUGCUACAGAUGGAGACGUGAGCGCAUGUUUUACAAAUCCAACGGGAAUCUCCCAGUUAUUCCGUAUUACCCGCCCCUUUACGCUGACGUAGGUGGCACUGGGACACUGCGACACGUAUAUAAUUACGAGGUAUGUGGAACUACCGACUCCAGAAAGAGUGACAUGAAAUACGUCAGACCUUGCAGUCAGAGCAUCAUUAGUCUGGACGGAACACAGACUCUCCCCCACGCGCAGAGGGACACACUGAUCAAUGAUAAUGGGGAUAACCAGGUGAGCAUGAACAAUCGGCUCUUACAACCUCAGAAUAUGAAUGAUGUCACUGAUUCUCAUUUCAUAAUCUUACACUUCAAUGAUUUCAAAAAUAUAUUCAAUAAUUGGCUACAAAGAGAUCUUUUGGGAGAGUACUUCUGUCCAAGGCAGAGGGACUGUCUCGUUUUGGGUACCCCUCAUUAUCGUUAUGUUUAAAUCCUGCUACUGGUAAAGAGAUCAAUAGGACCUUUCUUGACUUCAUCUGGAAAAAUAAGUCUCACAAACUAAAAAAGUCAGUCCUUUCUAACUAAAGAGCUGAAGGCGGUCUGGAAGUGUUGGAUUUUGUUGACAUAAAUAACACUUUCAAUAUAAACUGGUUGAAAAUAUGUUUGAAUAAUACUAAUUCAAUAUGGUAUUUCAUUCCAAAUAAUGUGUUUGUUAAGUUGGGAGGGCUUCAGUUUUUGCUGAAAUGUAAUUAUAUUCCUGAAAGAUUACCUGCUAAAUUGGCUAGGUUUCACCUACAAGCUUUUUAAUGGCCUGGAAAAUAUGUUUCCUGCACAAUUUUUCCCCACAUAAAGCUCUUUUGUGGAAUAAUUCAGACAUAACUGUAAGGAAUAAGUCAUUGUUCGACCCCAGCUGGCAUGAGAGGAACAUUGACUUUGUUUUUGAUGUUUUCAACAACAGGGGCAAUAUUCUCACAUAUGAACAAUUUAUAACAUUGAAAGAGUUUCCAAUACCUUUCAGAGAGUUUUUCUUUCUGUGAUCAAAGCCGUUCCCAGUGGUCUAACUACACUAAUGAAAACUCAUCUUAGCUUUGGGAAUGAUCACAACGUUUAUCCAGAACUCAGAUUGGAAGGUGUGGGCUUACUUGAGAAAUCUUGUUGUAAUAGAUAUAUAAGACAAAUUAUUCAUUCACAAAAACAAAACAAAAACAAAAAAAAACACUUCAAUGAUUUCACAAGCAAAUUUUAUUAUGGUUCUCUUGCCCUGUGGUUGUAUUUCAAAUAUUGAACAGUGGGCUUCGCUCUAGAAUGUCUGAACUGUGUUUCCUAUGGAUUUGUUUAGUUCAACACUCUGACAGCUUUCCAUUGUGAUCAUGCCAGUAUUGCGAAUUCAGUGAUAGUGCAUAAUGGCCUAAUUGUAACCAGCAUAUAGUUCAUGCUCAAUAACCAUCAGUUACUGUGUUGUGCAUAACAGCUCAUACAUAACAGUAAAUGGUCACUGUAAUCAUGCCUUUAUAAUAGUGCAUACGUAUUUGGUUUUGGAUAUGCGUAUAUUACGCAUGGUUGGCGAGCGUAUGUGCUUUGCAUAUUCUGUGUGUACUUUAGACUCCUGAACUCAGAGGACCGCUGUUGGUCAAUGUGUUGCAGAUUUGCAGUAAUACCUCCCCCAUCAUCUCGAUAUAUUGGCGAAAGAAAGCGCCGCACGCAGAGCACAAAGUCAUGGUUACAGAGAUCUUUAAACACAGAAACACUGAGCUGCGAAUAUUUUGUUCCAAAGUGGGUGACUUUAGGCACAUCUUCCUGUAAUUCUUUAGCACGGAAUCUAAUGGAAUAAUACAGAAUUCUUUACGGAUUAUAAUAUGUGUGUUGUUUGAUAUC